AAGCAGCACCGCCUCUCAACCUCUCUCUUUGCCCUGGGACCUCUGGGCUUGGGGAUCUGGGCUCUGAGCACUGAUGGAAGGAGCAUCUGUGGACUCUGCAGAGCUUCAGACAGACACAAGUCCUGAAUUCUCCCUGUGAGAUUUCGGGCAAGCCCCUGCUCCCCCCGGGCCUCGGUUUUCCCAUUCGUCAAAUGGGUGUAUUGGACUCGUUCAGUGCUUUCCGACGUCUGGUUUGCAGCAAAAUGAGAAAAGUGGGCACAGGGUUGUGCGCUUUUCUUAAAGCCAAAUGCACUCGUUUAACAACUGCCCUCUUUUCUGAUGGUGUCUCCUAGUUAUUUUUGGUGGCAUCUUUUUUGGAACGAUGGUAUUUUUUUUUUUUUUUUCUACGCUACUUGGCAAAGUAAAUACUUGUCAACCCUCGGUUCGUCUUGCAGUUUAAAAUGAAGUCUUGUAGGGAGCGCCUGGGUGGUUCAGUUGGUUGAGCGACUGACUUCGGUUCAGGUCAUGAUCUCGUGGUUCCUGAGUUCGAGCCCCGGCGCGUCGGGCUCUGUGCUGACAGCUUGGAGCCUGUUUCGGAUUCUGUCUCCCUCUCUCUCUGCCCCCACCCCGCUCACGCUGUCUCUCUUUUUCUCUUUCAAAAAUAAAUAAACAUUAAAGUGAAGUCUUGUAUCUGGGGGCCACAGCCGAGGAGCUUGAGGGCAGGGUGCAGGGAAGCUUCAGGAAUGAGGCGGUGGCUUUGAGUAAGUGAGGAUGUCCUGUGCUCCCUCCAACGCCGCCUGGCCAGGCUCACACCUGCCUGGUGGCCCCGCUGGCUGAGCCCUGUUUUGAUCUCGGUGACUUAUACCUGCCACUGUUGUAACUCUGGGGAAUGGGGAUAGGGCCUUGGGGUGGUUUUUGGAGGGGACGGCGGGGCCCAGCCAGGAGGGGCCGAUCUGGCUGGAGCUGCUCACACAGCCUUGGCUGGCCCACGGCCUGGGACAAGCGGGAAUUCCUGGCCCUGCCCAUCAUGGGAGCAGGUAUGACAGCCACGCAGGUGACACCAGGCCUAGGCACUCGGGUGCUGGACUCCACCGGGGCAGCCAGGCAUCCAGGCAGACUGGCAGAGGGCCUCCUUGGGAGCCCAGCCCCUGCCUGGCUCCUGUGCCGCCAUGGCCCGGGAAGCCAGGCCCACUGCGCCCAGGGUGCGGAAGGGCUGGGUGUUCUUUGCCUGUGUCUCUGUGGUGACUGCCAGGCGCUGGGCCAUCGCCCGCCGCGCCACGCUCCGAAGCCCCGCACCUUGGCCAGCAUCUGUGCCAGCACCAGCCACCGAGAGCUGCACGCAGGAGAUCGGCGAGGAGCUGGUCAACGGGGUCAUCCAUUCCAUCUCCCUGCGGAAAGUGCAGGCACACCACGGCGCCAACAAGGGCCAACGCUGGCUCGGGUGUGAAAAUGAGUCAGCCCUGAACCUGUAUGAGACCUGCAAGGUGCGGACGGUGAAGGCCGGCACGCUGGAGAAGCUGGUGGAGCACCUGGUGCCCGCCUUCCAGGGCAGCGACCUCUCCUACGUCACCAUCUUCCUGUGCACGUACCGAGCCUUCACCACCACCCAGCAGGUGCUGGACCUGCUGUUCAAAAGGUACGGUAGAUGUGAUGCCCUCACGGCCUCCUCUAGAUACGGAUGCAUCCUUCCUUAUUCUGACGAGGACGGCGGACCCCAGGACCAACUGAAAAAUGCCAUCUCCUCCAUUCUGGGCACCUGGCUGGACCAGUACUCGGAGGACUUCUGUCAGCCCCCAGACUUUCCCUGCCUCAAGCAGCUGGUGGCCUAUGUGCAGCUCAACAUGCCUGGUUCUGACCUAGAGCGCCGUGCCCAGCUUCUACUGGCCCAGCUGGAGCACGCAGAGCUCACGGAGGCCGAGCCCGAGGCUCUGUCGCCAGCUCCAGCGCCACUUCUAAAACCAGCUCCGGAACUAGAGCCGGCUUUGGCACCUGAGUCAGAACCAGAGCUAGAGCCAGCUCCAACACCGGCUCCAGAACCAGAGCUAGAGCCGGCUCCGGAACCGGCUCCGGAACCGGCUCCAGCCCCAGCUCCGGGACUAGAGCCAGCUCUAUCGCAAACUGUAGACCUAGAGGCAGCUCCGGUGCCCGAGCCUCCCUGGCCGUCACCUGUGGCUGCAGAAGAUGGCCUGAAUGAGAAGCCUCACCUCUUGGCCUUCCCUCCCGACCUGGUGGCAGAGCAGUUCACACUGAUGGAUGCGGAGCUGUUCAAGAAGGUGGUGCCCUACCACUGCCUGGGCUCCAUCUGGUCCCAGCGGGACAAGAAGGGCAAGGAACACCUGGCUCCCACUGUCCGCGCCACGGUCACCCAGUUCAACAGUGUGGCCAACUGCGUCAUCACCACCUGCCUGGGGGACCGGACUGUGACGGCCCGGGACAGGGCCAGGGUGGUGGAGCACUGGAUCGAGGUGGCCAGGGAGUGCCGUGUCCUCAAGAACUUCUCGUCUCUCUACGCCAUCCUGUCGGCCCUGCAGAGCAACUCCAUCCACAGGCUGAAGAAGACGUGGGAAGAAGUUUCCAGGGACAGCUUCCGCAUCUUCCAGAAGCUGUCGGAGAUUUUCUCGGAUGAGAACAACUACUCACUGAGCAGAGAGCUGCUCAUCAAGGAGGGCACCUCCAAGUUUGCCACCCUGGAGAUGAACCCCAAGAGAGCCCAGAAGCGGCCAAAGGAGACGGGUGUCAUCCAGGGCACCGUUCCCUACCUGGGCACCUUCCUCACAGACCUGGUGAUGCUGGACACCGCGAUGAAGGACUAUCUGUAUGGGAGACUGAUCAACUUCGAGAAGCGGAGGAAGGAAUUCGAAGUGAUCGCCCAGAUCAAACUGCUCCAGUCGGCCUGCAACAAUUACAGCAUCACACCCGAGGAGCACUUUGGGGCCUGGUUCCGGGCCAUGGAGCGACUCAGCGAGACGGAGAGCUACAACCUGUCGUGUGAGCUGGAGCCCCCCUCCGAGUCGGCCAGCAACACCCUCAAGGCCAAGAAGAACGCGGCCAUCGUCAAGCGCUGGAGCGACCGCCAGGCCCCCAGCACGGAGCUCAGCAGCAGCGGCAGCUCCCACUCCAAGUCCUGUGACCAGCUCAGGUGCGGCCCCUACCUCAGCAGCGGGGACAUCGCCGACGCACUCAGCGUCCACUCGGCCGGCUCCUCCAGCUCCGACGUGGAGGAGAUCAACGUGAGCUUCGUCCCGGAGUCCCCCGAUGGUCAGGAGAAGAAGUUCUGGGAGUCAGCCUCCCAGUCGUCCCCGGAGACCUCCGGCAUCAGCUCGGCUUCCAGCAGCGCGUCCUCCUCCUCCGCCUCCACCACGCCCGUGGCUGCCACGCGCACCCACAAGCGGUCCGUCUCGGGGGUCUGCAGCCACGGCUCCUCACUGCCCCUCUACAACCAGCAGGUGGGCGACUGCUGCAUCAUCCGCGUCAGCCUGGAUGUGGACAACGGCAACAUGUACAAGAGCAUCCUGGUAACCAGCCAGGACAAGGCUCCAGCCGUCAUCCGCAAGGCCAUGGACAAACACAACCUGGAUGAGGAUGAGGCCGACGAAUACGAGCUCGUGCAGGUUAUCUCCGACGACCGCAAGCUGAAGAUCCCGGACAACGCCAACGUGUUCUAUGCCAUGAACUCUACUGCCAACUAUGACUUUGUCCUAAAGAAACGGACCUUCACAAAGGGGGCAAAGGUCAGGCAUGGCGCCAGCUCGACUCUCCCUCGCAUGAAGCAGAAAGGGCUCAGGAUCGCCAAGGGCAUCUUCUAACUCGUCCCCGGUGCUGGCCCGCCACAGGGACCCCUCUUGCAGGGUCUGGCUGCCUGGGUAACUGAGCGCUUCCGGACUCCGGUGGCCCAGGCCAGGCGGGCACCCUCUGCCCAACCCGCCAGCUCAGGCCACCCCCAGACUCGUUUCACCCUCAACGUCUCCCACUGCCGGGUUUGACGCCUGCUGCUUGACAGGCUGACCUGGCCUCCUGUGGACCACUCGCCGCCUUAGGUGCCUUCUGCUCUCCGGAACCAGAGGACCAGCUGACUUUGGCCGAGGAGCGCCGUCGGUGGGCACUGCCCUCUGUGCACUGCCCCUCACACCUACUCAGGUGUGGGUCACUGCCACCUGUGCCCGUGGGCACCCCAGGGUACCUGCUCAUCCACCGGGUCUGACCACUGCAAUUCUCUCCUCCGCCCGCGGGCAUCGGCCCGUGCCCUUCUGGGGUCCCGGCCCCUCUCGGCCACCACACUAGCCUUUCCCGGGCCGCACCAAAGAUCCCACCGUCGGGGCCAGCAGAGUGAAGGAGUCUCGCCCACCCCCUGCCCAGCCCUCCCCCAGGAGGUUGGGGUGGGGGGGAACCCUCUUCACAGAUCACACUCCUCACCCGGUGAGUGAGGACGGUCUCAGCCGAGUCACGUUGACACUGAAUCUCACGACACCGCGGGUGCCGCUCACUACCACACCCUGGGCUUCACGAGACCGCACGAGACGGGGGUUAGUGGGAAAGAAGGAUUUGGGGGAAGGGGAGGGGUGUUGAAUAUUUGUAUAAAAGGCAAAAACAAAACAAAACAGAAAAAGUUUACCAGUUGGGGAGGGGCAAUAUUUAUUUGUUGUAAAUAGCAAAUGCUAGACUUGAAUAUUCUAUUAAAAUCCAGUUUCUACUAUA